UUACAGGCGGUCAGGUAGCGGAUUGGGACGCGUCCCACCAGACUGCUGCUGCUGCGGCGGGUUUCACAUGCAGGACUCAGACGGCAGCUCGUUUUUGGUCAAAACGCGACUAUUUCCAGUGAAACACGGAGUUUUGCGUGAAGGUGUGCAGGACAGUACCAUGUUGGAGAGAGCGGGGGGAGUGAGGGAGUGAUGGGCUGCGCUUCGGCCAAGCAGUUGUCGUCCGUUCCUGGAGAUGAGGAGGAUCGGGACAAAGCCCACAGCAAUGGAGAUGCCUUCUCCUCAGACGAGUACAAACUAAAAGGGGUGGAGAAGGUGAAGUACAUGCAGGGGGAGGAGGAGCGGAUGAACACGCGCAACCAGGAGCACCUGGAGAAGAGCACAUUUUUGCACAAGGGCAAACACAAAGAGGUCGGAGGGAACACUAACAAAAUAAGCAUUCACUCGUCAGAGAGCCAGCAGGAGUUCUUCAGGAUGCUGGACGAGAAGAUCGAAAAGGGACGUGACUACUGUUCAUCAGAGGAGGAAGUGACAUAACCUGACACUGUAUUACCUGGUUUCCUCCUGGAGAUGAUCACUCCUCCUCCCCACGUCUCCUUUCCCCCUCCUCUGAGCGCCGAGCGAGUCCCGACCUCAACACUGAGCCCAGCGGCGACCCCUGCAGUCUACGGUCAGCGCUGCACCACACUAAGACAUCCGCAGGGGAGGAGAAACGGGGACGUGGGAUGGAUGUGUGUCGUCGUGGUUACAGUGCUCUUGCCUUACACGAAGCCUUUCUCUUGUGUUUCUCAACGUUUCUGAGAGCGAGAGACACAAACACAACACUGUCCUGGACCUUUUUUUUGUUUGUU